AUGGCAUAUAUAACGGGCGUGCGUGCUGGUAACUGGGCUGAGUUGAAGAGACACUGGUGGCAGCUGGACGGGCCAUCCAAACACCUCCAAGAGCGAGUGUCACGCCACCUGCAGAAAUAUGUCCCCCAAUCUUUUGUGGGCACCGUUGUCAAGGGGGGGGAGGGGACGGAGGCGAAGAAACCUAGUUCCCUGGGGAUAUAUCUCGGCAAAUUUAGCAGUCCGAUAUCAGACGCGCAAGCGAGAGUGCUGCUGGACCGAGAGAUGGUGGUCCUCAAUCCGCUGCAGCCGGAUAUCAAGCGGGCCUUGGAGGAGAUGUCUGGCCGCGGAACUCUCCCGAAGCACAUAAUAGGAAGAAUCGAUCUGAACAAUGUCCUGGCGGCUGCGACCACGGCGGGGAAGUCGGAAGACUUUAUUCUCUCCUGUCUGGACCGGACGAUGAGCGUGAUGAUUGCCGCAUUUCGGGGUGCCGAAGGUGGAAAUAAUGGAUUUAGCGGAGUCUUGCUGGCCGGCUGGGAGAUUUUUUCCUCGCCCGUCUUCCACGAGCUCUGCAGGGUCAUUUCCGCUUCUGGUCUCGAAAUUUACGUCGAAACAUCAGCGCCCGAUUUCUUGCCGGACGGAAAUGUCUUGUCUUGUAGCUCUAUUGCAGGUCUGAUUAUUCGAAACGGCCUGGUCCUACCCGAUGGCGAGAAACGAGAUUGCUUCGACAUGGAACGCUUACGGACCACCGUGAAAUCCUUCGUCUCACAGUCAUGUGUGCGAGUCUUUACGGUUUUCGUCUGGGAGACGGUGGAUGACGGAGUGAUUCUGUCCAAUGCCGUAUUGAAGCGGACAUUCGCUUGGUGCAAUUUCUAUAGUGUAGUGUCUUGGAUAGGAGCUAAGAAGGCCCUCACGGAUGCGACAGCUGAGGCUGUCGAAGUGGAGCCGCUGAGUGCAUUCGCCUGGCUGAAAGAGCGACGAGUGAUGGAACUUCACGACAUGUGGAAAAAGAUAAAGGCUCCCCAAACUGCGAACCACCGCCACUCCGUGAUUGGACGCCACGACUACAUGUUCCCAAGUCUCCAAGCUGCUAGAGAUGACAGCGCGUGCCAGCAUGACGAGGCCAGCCCAGCACCUUCGGCGGUCAAUGGUGGCUUCCAAGAGAGCAUGGAGUGGUUCGUGCUGCGAGAUGGAGCCAGGGGCGAUCCAUUGUGCGUGUCUGCAUCUGGUGCCAGCUACGAUGGGCUCGGCUGUUUUCCAGUCGGUCUCGAUAUCGGGCUUGAUGAUUUCCAGGAGGUUGUCUUUUCGCAAAGGAAGCUCCGGAAGCUAGAGCUGCUAAAUACAGUUCCCGCCACCGAACUGCGCGAGUACGGCAGGAUCUUCGGCACCUUCCUCGCCCAGGCCAAUGUCCCCGGCGAGCAAUCACUGCUUGGAGCCCCCUCGGUCCGUCAUUUCGUCAAGACUCUGGCUGACACUCUGACGGCAUCUCCCGAUGAUGGGUCUCGCGGCAUCCGACUCUUUUUGGGACUCCAUUCGGGAUUCCAGCGAACUACCGAGAGGCAGUUCUGGGCCGUCUACCACGCUCAUCCGGCAAAAGCGACGGCCGACAUCUAUAUCUCCAAGAAUGCGCAAGACGUGGUGGGUACCCUCCUACACACCUACCUCUCGAGUCGUGGCGUGAGUCGAAGGGCGUGCAUUAAAGCAGAAACGGCAUACAACCGGUGGAACAAGACCCUGCUCUCCCGUCAUGGCAUCCCACCACGACUUGUGCAAGACGUCGAGCUAUUGUCGCCAGAAGAGUGCCUGCAGCUUCUUCAGCGCGCCUCUCUGGCGCCCGAUGCUGAAAAGUGCUCCAUCCUCGGCGGCAUCAAAGCUGCGGCGACAGAGCGUCUCGUCGACAUUCCCACCUGGAACCAGCUCAAGACCGUCAACACAGUCGGAUUCUUAAAGGGAGAAGUUAGCAUCGAGCAACUUCUCGAAUCUCGUCUACGCUGGCAUUGCCAAGCCAAGCGCCGCCACCCGACCCUACCGGUUGCGGUAUUCUUGUUCCAUGAGAUCAGGGAGAAGGUUGAGACUGCGCUACGAUCGAGAAGCCACAAGGAUCUCCAGGCGAUGGUUGAUUCUCUCGGUCGGUUCCUCCAGAACUCCGCAGUCAGCGCCGUUGGGGACUUGUAUGCUUUAUCGCUGUUCUGCACCAUGCGCAAGCUCGCCUUUGAAGAAGUCUACGUUGAGGUCACCGAUCGUAACCCGCUCUUCAACGACCAGACGGAUCAAUCUGCUGCCUUCGCCGAGCUCUUCGCCUUGGGGUCGCGCUGCGAAUCAUACUUCGAUUGCAGUCCGAGUCAGUUUGGCGAGAUGCUUUCGGCCAAGUACCGCACCUUCUACUCGCUCCCUGCCCAUCAGCCGCCGAUGUUCAAGGAGACCAUGGCUGCGCUUCCGUCUGCCUAUGCCGAGGCACAGAUCGAUGUUGAUCCCAACUACAAGCCAACGGAGAUGGCAGCCUACAAGAGAUUCACAUUUUUGAGCAUCUUUGCGAUCCCAGCUCUGAUCGAUAUCAUGCUGCUCACGACUACCGGCCACGGGUUGUAUCUCAGCGGGAGCAAUGCGCAGAGAGACUACAUGUCGCCCGGAGAGCAACACAGUGCAACGACCGCAUUGAUGAUCUCCCUCCUGCUUUCUGGGGCGAUUGGCACCUGGAUCACUUGUGGUGGCACCUUCUACCUGGCUUCGAUGGCCUUCUCGGCCAUGAACUACUUUGUGGUCACCAGACUGCUCGGUGGGCUUGCCUUCACACUCGUCGUGGGAAUUGUGGGAUUCAUCGCGUUUGCCUGCUUGAAAACGGUCUACUUAGCUGGUGUGUUCUUCCUCUACCUGAUGGUUCUCACCACAUAUCUCUCGCUCCUGGCCGCCUUAGCGAACUACCAGUUCAUCGGUUCGGCAUUCCACUCUGGCCGCGCGACCAUCAUCGCCUGCAUCCCCAUACUGUUCGUAUCGCCCAUCGUCACCAUUUUCGUCCCGAAACACGAUGUCGCCAUCUACCUGACGGUACUCUACGUCUUCGUCAGCAUGCUCUUCGUUGGCGUCCGUCGCACGGGCUCAAAGUGGACUACGUGGUACCAGAAAGCCUCCCUCCUCGAUGACUCGACCCUGCGGAAUUGGUACAUCGAGAACAAGACUGCCAGUAUGAACGGCAUCGAAAAGAUGUCUGAUCCAGCUGUCUUGCGGUUCGCUCGACAGGCAUUGCUGGAAGACGUCGUCACCGAGCGUGCAAAGUCCAUCUUCUCGAAGAAGACCCAGGACCCACUGGUCAGCAGGCUGGUUGCCUCUUUCGACGGGACCAACUUUUUGAUGGACUGGUAUUGCCGAUCCACGGGUGUUCCAAAGCCCAUCAUGUUCAGCUCGGCCUGGAACGUUCAGACCAAAGUGGCCAUGUUUUCGAUCCAGAAGUCUCAGCUGGGUAUUAAAUUUCACAAUGGAUUUCUCCACUGGCGCCAGGCGGGAGAUGAGAUCGGGUGUACCAUGUUGUACUUCAUCGUUGCGUUGCUCGAUAAGUGGAUCUCUCUCUUGAAUGGCGGCGAUCUGAUCGGCCUCACGAGCUCCAACGUCUCGUUGACGAUGCCCGUCGGCUUUGGCCUCGCGUACUAUCUCGUUGGAGCUGUGUUGCUUGACUUCAACGCCAACAAGCUGCACGAACUUGCCGGCCGGGUCGACGAAGAAAUCAUCCCCACCGACGCUGAUCUCGCCCACGCGCUGAAGCAGAAGUCCGACAACCGCAGAAAGGUAUACUGGAAAACCCUUGCUCACUUCCUGAUGCUCCACGUCUGGGGAUUGGCGGUCGUCUCCGUCCUCAUCUGGGUUUUCGCGAGCCACAUUCCCAGCGAUGACGGCACGGUCAGCAGCCAGGGCACCAUCAUCUUCUUGUCGUAUGUCGUGGCCUAUACGGGUCUUUUGUGGUACCAGUAUACCAAGAUUUUCUCAGGCCCGCACGCUCUGAAGCCGCUCCUCAUCGGCGUCGCCGUCGGUCUCCCUCUCGGCUUUGUUCUGGACCACAAGUUGCCAAGCUUCCCAUACGGCAACAUCGUUGCCCUUGGUGCUGCAUGCUGGACUGUCGCCAUUCUCUCGCUUUGGGCUGGGAAGAUUGUAGGACCACCUGAAGACAGGCCUCGACCUCCUCUGUCGUCCCAGGGUGCCUACAACGCGUACUCGAGCCCCGGCCCAGAUCACGCAUGGUCACAGCCGGAACUCCGAAGCCUGUACGAGCAACUCUCGAGUCUCUCCAAGAAAGAACGCCUGACAGUGGAUCCCGAAUCAGCGUUCGGAAGCCACGUCAGACUGAUCAUCGAUCAGUUUAAUCAGGUUGAGCUGCCCGGAAUUGCCAAAAGUGCGUUCCCAGAUGCACCAGCCCUGCUCCAACUCAGCAUGCAGAUGUUCAGAGAGCGGGCAAUCCAUGUGGAACUAAUGUCGGUGGAGCACUUCUCGGACCCAAGCAUGCGGGCCAUCAGCUCCACUGAAGAUGGCCAGAUCCGUCUUUUGGUUGCUUGCGAGACGAGACGCGUGUCCAAGACGAAUGACCCCCUGCACGGUUUCUACUGGGACGUUGCUGAGCUGCUGGUACAGGUGACGGCCGAGAGAUUCAUGGGCUACAAUACCCCCGACGCUUUGCUGGCCAGGACACUUUGGCUGAGCAAUGGCACCUCAGAUAGCACCGCUCGCCCCGAUGUCCUGGAACGCCAUCUCAAGGUUCAGACGAGGAACGUGCCGGAGGUGCUGGACUAUCUGUCGAGAGAUAUCUUGAAAAGUCUGUGUCUUGGAUUCGACUGUAAUAUGGAUUCCGAGGACAUGCCUGCUGAGCUGCGGAAAUACAUCAUCGACCGUUGUCUCGGAGUCGUGGGACUCCUGACAGAAGACCAGGUCAUCAUGUUGGACAGCAAGCUGAACCACACCACCGGCCUCACGUUCGAGACAUACGUAGCCCGCUGCAACUACGCCGUCGUCUCGGGCUCUCAGAUGCUGGCUCGCGUCAACGCCUGGGCAGAUCAAGAACAGUGUUCAUCUAGCGGUGUAGCACCUCCCAAUCUCCAUUCGAGACAAAGCUAUCAUCAAUCCGCCUCCUUUCGGUCUAUCGAUAGCGAAACUAUGCAGCAGUCUGACUUGCUACUUGAUGGAUCGUCUCCUGGCUCAUCUACCCGAGUUCUCGACCUGCUUGCACACGCUACGCCUCUCAAACUUUCUGUGCGAGACAGAGUCAUCCACUACUCGGGUGUCGCGUACCACUUCGCUGGAAGGCUCUGCAAAUUCUUCAUGAUCGCGUUCGUGGCAGAUCCCGAGUUCCAGAGAGAGCUUCGCUGCAGUUUCCCGGGCAAUGCCAACGUCGGCAAUACUAUCACCCGAUUCGUCCUUCUCUCCAUCUGGGCAUGGUCUAAAGCUAUCCAACGAUUCCUGUUACCCGUGUUCCUGUUUCACGGUCGCCCAAAUGUAGUCACCACUUGGAAGAACCUCCACGGCAUGGAAGUUUCCAUAAAAAGAAAACGAAUCUUGAUCCGCAAUCUUGAAGGCACUUCAACAGGGUUCGUCCAUACUGUUGAUGAUUCCAGCUUCAAGCUUCUCCAAUACAAGGGCGACCACAAGACGGAGCCAACGACUCGAGAUAAGCUGGUCUCGAUCAACGUAUACAGCAACAACAUGUUUCUCAAGAGCCGUGUCGAGAUGGAGAAAGGUAAGACAGUCAACGACUAUACCUACGAGUACAGAGCGACAGACCCACGUGCAUCUCGCAGUAUGUCGAAGACCGACAUGUUGAAGGCCCCCAUCACCCGAAAGGGUGUCGCAGGGCGCAACGUUUUCCAAGACGUCUCGUAUAACGUCAAGGGUCAGAUCGAUUCUGGCUCUUAUCUCCUCGACGGCAACAUGAUCCGCUUCAAGUAUCACUACCAGAAGUCCAGCAAGCAUGGUGGCGCCCUUCUGCGAGCAGAGUUUGUACUUCCACACAUGAGCUGCACCGUUGCCUGGUGUGCCCCUCCGCGAAGAAAGGCAGAGAGACUUGACUCGUGGCUGCCCAACGCCCAGGUCACGGAAGCUACCUUCGUGAUGGGCCCUGACGUGUGGGAAAGCAAGUAUUUGUAUGACCAUAAAUUUCAUCCUACCAUCGUCACCAAGCUCAACGGACAAAAGGUAGACACGCCAGAUCUGAUCUUGCACGAUCAUCUCAACGUUUUAAAGAAGCCUGACCGCGUCUCAUUCCUGGACGACAAUCCACUAUACGGCUUCAGCUCGAUGAAAACAACCGCAGUAACGAGGUGGUUAGGGCUUCACACUCGGCACUUCCCCGUUUCGACAUCCCAAUCAAGGUCCUGGCUAUGGAAGGCAUGGAAAGAAGACCCUGCCUUCGACGGCGUUAUAGUUCGCUGGCUCGACGAGCGACUUCUUCGCCGCGACGAGAUUCUUGCUCCGUAUUGGCAUAAGCGCGAUAUGGCCAAGCUUGACGCUGCAGAGCAUUACCUCGACAAGAACCGCGAUGCCGUACUAGCGAGUACGGACCUCGACCAUACCGUGUCGUCUUGGACCCCCUUGGCCAUCAAAAUAAACGAUCUUUACAGCUUUGGCCAAGGAGGCGAUGCCUGCAGUCGAACCCGGUCUAACAUCACCACGCAAGGAGACGACGACGAAGCGGCACUCCAUGUCAUCGCCGUCGAUACCGGCACCUGGCCCAACGAAGGAGGCGGGGUGUCGGCGUGCCGCAGCGACGUGGUCAACAACCUUCGCACCAUCAAAUGGCACAUGGUGGCCGAGUCCGCUAACGACUUCGGCAUCCCGAAGCGUCAGAUUGAGCGCAAUAUUCAUUCGCUAAAAGUGAUUCCGCUCUGGGGUCUUGAUCUUAUGACGCCCACCCACGGACUCUUUAACAACCGUCUGGAUUCCGAAGUCGAGCAUAUCACGACGCACACCACGAUGUUGGAUAUCGAGCGAAACUUCGUGCCGAUCCUCGCGGCUCUCGUUCGUGGGGCCAGGUCGUUGGACUUCUCCAUGGCAGAUAUCCAGCAAGUGACUCGCGCUCUCAUCAACCUGAAUGCGUACUUUGAAAAAGGCCGCCAUUGGAGCGCUGUCUGGAGGAGUGACGCUGUCAAGUCCGCGUGGAGAAAUCUAUGGCUGUCUCAGAAGGCGGAUAACUCGCUCCCUUCUUCGCACUGGUUUACAACGGAGCUUCCAACCUUGGGCCAACUCGAUCAGGGACUUGAGCUCUGGUCCCGAUACUUGUUCAUCUAUUCGAUUCCGAUCCCCGAGAAGAUGCCUUCGGUCUUCCAGGCGUCCCAUCACAGUGUAUCCGCUUCGUAUGGAAUCGUUUGCAAGAUCAAGCGCGGAUGCACGCUGCAGAUCUGGGAUCACGCGAUCAGCUGGAGAGAAACAAACCUGUACCUCUCUUCGGCUCUCUGUUCUCUAUCACCGUUUACGAGAAACUCGUUGCUCGGACUGAUGCGUGUCACUUCGGUAUUGACGCUGCAUCAUGCGGACACAAUCCUGCCGUGUGCAGACUUCUUUAAUCCCAAUUGGGAGGUGGAGAUUGGUACUGGUCAGGGCAAGUUUGAGAAUCGAGAGAUGUUCAGGAGAAAGAUUGACCCUGUCGUCAAUGGAAUUACGAACAUGGAGCGUUUCGCUCCCGUGCAGGAGAUCAAGACCCAGAAGCCGACCGUCACCAUGCUCUCUCAUCUAUGGUUCGCGAAAGAUAUCAAAACGGCCUUGCUGUCAGCUGAUAUCAUCAUCAACAAAUGGGGCUUUUCCGACUACCAACUCGAGAUCUACGGUGCCAUGGAUAAGACACCUUCCUAUACGACCGACUGCCAGGAGAUUAUUGCCACCAAGUCUCUCCGCCAUAACGUUGGUCUGAAAGGCGAAGCAGACCCCAUCGCUGUCCUCGAACGCACCUGGGUCUUCCUCAACUCAUCCAUCUCCGAGGGGCUCCCUCUCGCCCUCGGAGAAGCAGCACUGACAGGCGCUCCUGUAGUCUGCACUGACGUCGGCGCAUCCCUGCGUGUGCUCACCAGUCCCGUAGAUGGAUCCCGCUACUCGGCUGUCGUCGCACCCAAUGACGCCCACGACAUGGCCCGGGCGCAGAUCAAGAUCCUCGCCCUCCUCGAGGAGUGGUCCCCCUACGCCGACGUAGAUGCCAUCAAGUCGCCCGAGACGGGCGACUCGACCUUCCCGCCCGACCCGACGCCCGCCGACGUCGCGCGCAUCACGCGCCGCAUGUACGAGCAGAGCGAUGCGCGCCGCCGGCUGGGCAUGCGCAGCCGCGAGAUUGUGCAGAAGUCCUUCAGCGGCGACCGCUACCUGCGCGAGCACGAGCAGAUGCUCUGGAUCGGUAAGGCCAAGAAGGACAUGGGCCUGCCAGCCUUCUCGCGGCCCUCGGCGGCGCGCAUCGCCGAGCCGCCUCGCGUGGCCGUGAGGACGAGCACGCUGAGUGGGUUCCCGACAAGGCCAAACCUGGUGCGGGAGAGCGUGGGUAGCAAGACGAGUAUCCGCCUUGGGGGUGAUGGUGGCAGCGCGAUGACGACGGCGACGAGGGCGACGCUGGAUAAAGACAUUAUGGCUGCUACUGCUGCUGAUGGUGCUGGUUCUGGUACUGGUGCGCCUAGUCUGGGAGAUGGUGGAGGCGAGAGCACGAUCUCCACGAGCUUUAGUUUUGCAAGUGGGGCUAGCACACCGGCGACCUUUAUGGUGGGCGAGAAGGAGUGGUUGCAGAAGCCGCGGGGGCUGGUGAGCGUGUUUGAUAUUGUGGGAAGGGCAGGUAAUCAGACGGCGAGCAAGCAGCUUGGGUCUCCGGUGGAGGUGGUUGAGGAGGAAAUAUUUUGA